GGGGGUUGGAUAGUGUGUGAGUGCGUGUGUCCAUGCUGGAAGAAGUCAAUGUUAUCAGAAUCAUGGCAGGAACGGCGGGACUGAGCAUCCAUCCUCUCUUCACCGGAUAUUCGUUCCAAGGGCAGGGCAGGGUGAACCAGCUGGGCGGCGUCUUCAUCAACGGACGCCCUCUGCCAAACCACAUCCGCCUCAAGAUCGUAGAGAUGGCCGCCGCUGGGGUUCGACCCUGCGUCAUCUCGCGACAACUGCGCGUGUCACAUGGCUGCGUGUCCAAGAUACUGAAUCGUUACCAGGAGACCGGCAGCAUCCGCCCUGGAGUCAUAGGGGGUAGUAAGCCGAGGGUGGCUACCCCCGAGGUGGAGCAACGCAUCGAGGACUACAAGAAGGCGAACCCAGGCAUCUUCAGCUGGGAGAUCCGCGACAGGCUCAUCAAGGAAGGGCUCUGCGACAGCGCAAGCGCGCCGAGCGUGUCGUCUAUCAGUCGCCUUCUGAGGGGCGGAUCGGAUCUGAAGAAGGAUUAUAGCAUAGACGGAAUUCUCGGAGGUCGCUGCGGUGAAGAGUCAGACACGGAGUCCGAACCAGGGAUCCCCCUGAAGAGAAAGCAGCGUCGGAGCCGGACGACGUUCUCUGGAGACCAGCUGGAGGAGUUGGAGCGCGCGUUCCAGAGGACGCAGUACCCAGACGUCUACACCCGCGAGGAACUUGCUCAGCGCACUGGGCUCACAGAGGCUAGAAUACAGCAGGUAUGGUUCAGUAACCGACGUGCGAGAUGGCGGAAACACACUGGAGGGACGUCGUUCAGCCCGUUGUCAGCAGUGCCUAGCUACCAGUACCCGUCCACUAGCUGUGAUGUCAUGGCACUCCAUCAUAAUUCAGGAAGUACAAACUGGCACCGAACCGGAAGUCAGCUCGCCAACUAUUCUGCCCUCAUGCAACAGUCCCACGUCACCACUAAUAGCCUACAACAGCCAAAUAUCGCCUUGCCGACGUCUCAAAUGUUGGACCAAGCGACGACGCCAGCUGCGACAGCCACGACAUUACUAUCAAUGCCAUCUAUCAGCACGACGCAGGGGAAUGGCAGCAUCAUGAGUCACGGAAUGGGGUAUUCAGCACCACCUAGCGGUGUCAAUGGGGACUAUCAACACUGCGACCCGACAGCUGCAGCGGGAGUUUGGGGAAGUAGAUUCAAUAGCGACCCAAACUGGAGUCACCACGGCUUUCCGGCAAUCACCGACAACUAUGGAAUGCUGGGGGGUAGUGGGUCUGGAGAAACUCUGUUGUCUGGAAGUAGUCUGCAGACAGAGCAGUCUGUCCAACAGUCAACAUCUCACCAUCACCAGUUCGGAGGAUCCUCCGUCUACAAAGGUCACGGUUCCCGAACUUCCACAAUGUCUACAGGAUCAUCCCUCGGCAUAUUCUGAUUAAGAACGUUUGCCUUGAUUUGAAUUUACCGGCGCCGUACAAUAGAAGUGUUGUUGCUUUUCGAACGUAGCUCCUUGCAUUGGUUGACUCGCAAAAUCUUUCGAUUUGUUUCGGUUUCCUCCGAUGACUGUGAAAUUGCCUUGGCUUCGCCACACUCGUUAUCUUCUGAAUUCGUCGUGAAGAAACUUUCAGAUGGAAAAUGUUACUGCAUACCAAAUUUAAUUCGGAAAACCUGAUGAAAAAGCCCACUUGGGAGACCUAAUCGUAGAUGGGAGGGAAUAUAUGAUGAUGUGGAUUGGAUUCAUCGGAUAAGAAUAUGGACCGAUGUCGGGCUCUUGUAAACACGGCAAUGGAACUUCUGAUUCCAUAAAUGACGAGAAAUUUCUUGACCAGAUGAAGGACCAUCAUUUUCUCAAGGACUCUUCCUCAAACGAGUUAAUUAAUGUUAAUUAUAGAGUAAUUUACAGGGCCUAUACGGAACAAUGUGAUAAAUGCGUGUGAACAGCGAAAUCCUUACCGAUACCAAUAUGGGAUGAUUUUUUUUUCGAUGGCUGUCGUGGUUAAUUAUGAGAUACUUGUCCUUAUAUAAGUGAUAAUUAAAAAUUGAGUGAUGUAUUAGUCAUUUGUAUGUAAUAUAUGUAUAUAUACUUUAAAUUUGUUAUGCUGAUGCUUCGUUUUGUAACACAUUUUCCUUAUUUUACAAGGUAAAAUAUGUUUGUUUUCACCGGAUGGAUUUUAAACCAACUGACAGACUUUAGUAAAAUGUUGUAUGCCCCCAAAUGAACGCGUUCGCGGCAACAUGACUCAUUUGUGUACUUCUAUAGGCUA